UUCAGGUAUGUAUGAAGUAGGCUAGUUACAAACACGGGGGGGGAUAUUUAAAUCAUGGAUCCCCCUUUAUUUCUUCCCCGGCUUCGUUAUUUUGCUCAACCUCGUUCUUCCCCGCAAAGAAGAGCCGGAAAAAAAGCCGACGAUGGGUCUCGCUGCGCUUCUUCCCGCCCUGGCGCUCGCCGCCGUCGGCAGCGCUGCUGCUGUCUUGCCGAGAGACGCAGGGCAUUCCCAGAACUUCUACUCGCUCCAAGUCGAGCAGGUGCACCGCGUCCAGCCCUUGAGGAAGAGGGACACCUCAGUAACGCUGUACAACAUUACUGAUACGAGCUAUCUCGUCCAACUGAGCAUUGGAACGCCAGGACAGCUGGUAAAAGUCGCAAUCGACACUGGCUCCGACGAGCUAUGGGUCAAUCCCGAUUGCCAAGACACGAGCUUGCAGGCUAGCCAGGCCCAAGAAUGCUUGGCCGACGGUCUAUACGAUCCCACCAAGUCGAGCACGAGCUCCCAAUCCGGUCUCUCGGCGAAGACGACGUCGAUCAAGUACGGCAUUGGCGAUGUGAAGCUCUCUUAUGUCAAGGACACAAUAUCAUUGCCUGGUGGCACCAAGGCGGCUUCGGUCACGAACGCCCAGUUCGGUAUGGCGACAUCUACCGAAGAUCUGAACGAGGGCAUCCUGGGCCUUAGCUACGGGCUCAACACGAACCUCAACUACAGCAACUUCAUCGACGAGCUCGAGUCCCAGGGCGUGACCAACAGCAAGGCCUUCAGCGUCGCCCUCGGCAGCGACAAGGCGAGCGAUGGCGGCGUCAUCAUCUUUGGCGGCGUCGACACUAAGAAGUUCACCGGCAAGCUCUCGACCCACGCCAUCCUGGGCCCCCAGUUCACGGGCGACAUCAACCGCUACUACCUGCCCCUGGCGUCGGUCGGCGUGGACCGCGGCAGUGGCAACACCAAGACGUACUCGACGGGCACCGUGGCCGUCGUGCUCGACUCGGGCUCCUCGCUCAGCUACCUGCCCGACGCCGUAGCCAAGGCCAUGGCGCGCGACUUUGGCGCCACGUUCAGCCAGCGGUCGGGCGUGUACAUCGUGCCGUGCUCGCAGCAGAAGACGGCGGGCAACUUCCAGUUCGCCUUCGGCACGGCGGGCAACACGGCGACCUUCUCUGUGCCCAUCGACGACUUCAUCGUCGACCUCGGCGGCGACACGUGCAUCCUCGGCGCCACCACCAACGGCGGCACCGCCACCGACCCCGUCCUGCUCGGCGACAGCUUCAUGCGCUCCGUCUACGUCGUCUUCGACCAGACCACCGACACCGUCUCCAUCGCCCCCUACGCCAACUGCGGCCAGAACGAGCAGGCCAUCCCCAAGACGGGCGCCGCCAACUUCACCGGCGAGUGCGACCCCGGCGCGACGUCCGGGUCUAGCUCCGGGUCGACCACCAAGCCCAACGCCGCUGCCAACUGGCGCCAGUCGGCCUCGCGCGCCGCCGCCGCCGCCGCUGCCAUGCUGGCCGUCGCUGUGGCAGCCGCUCUGUAAAUACGUACAUACCACUGGGCAUUUUGCAUGAGUUCAAUAUUAUUUUUAAUAUCUUUUCGUCCUUCCUCUCCGUGGAUAGAGAGAUGAUCUGGAGCGAUUGGGUUUUUGGGACGGGGUGUUCCGGGAGAUUUUUUAUAUUUUUACCUUUAACCAGCAUUCCCACAUUUAUUUACAAUGACAGACACAUACACAUGGAGAUACCUCUACGCAUUGCAUUUUGUGGAUGGGGCCGGGCAUGUUUUUGUUGCUUUCAAGGGGAAAACGAAAAAGAAAAAGAAAGAGGAAAAUACGUUUAAAAUUCUGCUCGGCGUUGCUUCUCGUCUUUCGUGUUUUGUUUGACAAGUAACAAUCGACCAAUUUUCUGUAGACCUUAUGGAGGGAGGGAUCAAUACUGGCCAGGCCAUGAUAGUAUAGCGA